AUGUCUACGCCUGAACCACUACGUGAAGUAGUGGUGGCGGGUGAUAAGAUCGAGGCCAAUAGCUCGAGAUCAGCAUCCGAUGAAGCCAAAGUCUCUGAUCCUGAUGUGCAACCACUACAGAAAAAAAAAUGGUACCGCAGACUUAAUCCGCUGCGAAUGAAAAAGAUACCUCCUGUUCCAACAGAGCGCUCUGUGUCGCGUGAGCAUGGUGCCUCGUUUUUCAGCAUUAUCUCCUUCCAAUGGAUGGGGCCAUUGAUGGAGGUCGGCUAUCUACGUCCACUUGAAUUGCAGGAUAUAUGGACUGUCAAUCCCGACCGGUCCGUUGAUGUAUUAUCCGCCCGUUUGGACGUCGCAUUGGAAAAGCGCACUGAGACUGGCGUUAACCGCCCGCUUGUCUGGGCAUUGUAUGACACGUUCAGAUUCGAGUUUCUGCUCGGCGGCGUCUGUCAGCUUUUCGGUUCACUGUUGCUAGUAUUUACACCCUAUUUGACUCGGUACUUGAUUGCUUUUGCAACGGAUGCUUGGGUCGCACAAAAGACCGGUCAGCCUGCGCCUAGCAUUGGCAAGGGUAUGGGGUUCGUGGUUGGUAUCACCUGCAUGCAGGCCCUGCAGAGCUUAUGCACGAACCAGUUCCUAUAUCGGGGUCAAGUUGUCGGUGGGCAGAUUCGCGCAGUGCUUAUUUCCCGCAUCUUCAACAAGGCUAUGAGGUUAUCUGGUCGUGCUAAGGCAGGAGGACAAGCUACCACAGAAGAAGUCAAAGCCUUGGAGGCAACUAAAGAGGCUCUCUUAAACCCCGAGGAGAAAGGGAAGCCACAAAAGCCUGAUACUGCGCUGCCUGAAUCUGGUGGUGUUGCAGGUGAUGGCCGCGGAUGGAACAAUGGCCGUAUCACUGCUCUUAUGAGCAUUGACGCGGACCGAAUUAAUCUGGCUUGUGGCAUGUUCCAUAUGAUUUGGACAGCACCCAUCUCCAUUAUAGUGACGCUUGUGCUUUUAUUGGUCAAUAUUGGCUACAGUUGCUUGUCCGGGUAUGCACUUCUGAUAAUCGGAAUCCCAUUUUUGACUUUCGCUGUGCGAUCCUUGAUCAACCGACGGAAGAGCAUCAACGGCAUUACAGACCAGCGUGUAUCUCUCACCCAGGAAAUUCUACAAGCUGUCCGUUUCGUGAAGUACUUCGGUUGGGAGAGCAGUUUCCUCGGCCGUCUAAAAGAGAUCCGCGGACGAGAAAUUCGAGCAAUCCAGACUUUGCUUGCGAUCCGAAAUGCCAUUCUUUGUGUGGCGAUGUCUAUUCCUGUUUUCGCCUCGAUGUUGGCAUUCGUUACCUAUGCGCUAUCAAAUCAUGACUUAGAUCCCGCACCGAUCUUCUCCUCGUUGGCGCUGUUUAAUUCCCUGCGGAUGCCAUUGAACUCGUUACCAAUGGUUAUCGGUCAAGUUACCGAUGCUUGGACUGCUUUUGCUCGAAUCCAGGAGUUCUUGCUCGCCGAAGAACAGGACGAAGAUAUCGAGCGGGAUGAGAACAUGGAGAAUGCAAUCGAGAUGGAACAUGCCUCAUUUACUUGGGAACGACUUCCGACAAACGAAAAGGAUGCAGAAGAAGCUGAAAAGAAGGUAUCUUCACGCCCUAGGCCAACGGCAAAGUCAACACCUAAAGACGAUAAUGCCGAGGAACCCCCCGCAGAACCAUUCAAACUCAAGGACAUGACCUUUGAAGUUGGUCGAAAUGAACUCCUGGCGGUAAUUGGAACAGUCGGUUGUGGCAAAAGUUCCUUACUCUCGGCUCUGGCGGGCGAUAUGCGUGUGACUGACGGUACUGUGCGUAUGAGCACCACACGUGCAUUCUGUCCCCAGUACGCCUGGAUCCAAAACACCACCGUCCGCAACAAUAUUCUAUUUGGGAAGGAGUAUAAUGAGACUUGGUAUGAGAAAGUCGUUGACGCAUGCGCUCUGGCCCCAGAUCUCGAGAUCCUACCGAACGGAGACCAGACUGAGAUUGGAGAACGAGGUAUCACAGUCUCUGGUGGGCAGAAACAACGUAUGAAUAUCGCCCGAGCCAUAUAUUUCAAUGCAGAAAUGGUGCUCAUGGAUGAUCCUUUAUCAGCUGUCGAUGCACAUGUUGGCCGCCACAUUAUGGACAAGGCAAUCUGCGGUUUGCUCAAGGAUCGCUGCCGAAUCCUGGCGACACAUCAACUCCAUGUUCUCAGCCGAUGUGACCGAGUUAUUGUCAUGGACGAGGGCCGUAUCGAUGCGAUUGAUACAUUCGACAACCUGAUGCGUGACAACGAGGUCUUCAAACGGUUGAUGUCUACUUCUGGGCAGGAGGAUAUGAAAGAGAAAGAAGAGGAGGAAGAGGAAGAGGCGAUCGACGAAGUCAUGGACGAGAAAGACGAGAAGGCGCCAAGCCUCAAGAAGGCCGCCCCAAAAAAGCCCGUCGCAGCCCUGAUGCAGCAAGAAGAAAAGGCCACUAAAUCUGUUGGCUGGAGUGUCUGGAAGGCGUAUAUCAAAGCCUCCGGCAGUUAUCUCAAUGCCAUCGUGAUAUUGUUGUUGCUCGCCGUGGUGAAUGUCGCCAACAUUUGGACUAGUCUAUGGCUGUCCUACUGGACUUCUAACAAGUACCCAGGGCUGUCGACCGGUCAAUACAUUGGAAUUUACGCUGGACUGGGUGGCGGAGUAGUUAUCCUGAUGUUCGUUUUCUCGACUUACAUGACAACCUGCGGUACGAAUUCGAGCAGGACUAUGCUUCAGCGUGCGAUGUCUCGUGUGCUCCGCGCGCCUAUGAGUUUCUUCGAUACUACGCCGCUUGGACGAAUCACCAACCGCUUCUCGAGGGAUAUCCAGGUGAUGGAUAAUGAACUUUCGGACGCGAUGCGUAUCUAUGCCAUAACGAUGACUAUGAUUGUCUCUGUGAUGAUCUUGAUCAUAGUUUUCUUCUAUUAUUUUGUCAUCGCGCUUGUCCCGCUGUUGAUAAUGUUCCUUCUAGCUUCGAACUAUUACAGAGCAUCUGCCCGUGAAAUGAAGCGCCACGAAGCCGUCUUGCGCUCAACAGUAUAUGCCAGGUUUGGCGAAGCUAUCACCGGCACUGCAUCCAUUCGAGCAUAUGGCGUGGAGAAUGAAUUCCGCCGCAGCAUCCGAGACUCGAUCGAUGUGAUGAAUGGAGCCUAUUUCCUCACUUUCUCCAAUCAGCGUUGGCUCAGUAUCCGACUGGAUGCCGUGGCGCUUCUAAUGGUCUUCGUGGUCGGUGUUCUAGUCGUCACAUCUCGGUUCAAUGUCUCUCCUAGCAUCUCUGGACUGGUACUAUCUUAUAUCCUGUCUAUUGCACAAAUGCUCCAAUUCACGGUCCGCCAGCUAGCCGAGGUUGAAAACAACAUGAACUCCACCGAGCGUCUUCACUACUACGGUACUCAAUUGGAAGAAGAAGCGCCUUUGCACCAGGCCACGGUGCCAGCUAGCUGGCCCGAGAAGGGCCACAUCGUGUUUAACAGCGUGGAGAUGCGUUAUCGGGCUGGACUUCCACUCGUCCUACAGGGCCUCACUAUGGACGUGCAAGCAGGCGAGCGCAUUGGUAUUGUCGGUCGUACCGGUGCUGGCAAAUCGAGUAUCAUGUCCGCACUAUUCCGUCUAACCGAACUAUCUGGUGGUAGUAUCAAAAUUGACGACGUCGACAUUUCCACUGUUGGCCUCCAUGACCUUCGAUCCCGCCUUGCUAUUAUCCCCCAAGAUCCCGCCUUGUUUAAGGGCACGAUCCGCUCGAAUCUCGAUCCGUUCAACGAGCACAAUGACCUCGAACUAUGGUCCGCGCUGCGUAAGGCAUACCUUAUCGACCAAGAGCAAGAACUCGAAAGCGAGGGACCACAAAGUGGGCCAGCCAGUGGAUCCAUAACUCCAGUCACAGACAGUGACUUGAAAACGCGCCAGACGAAAAAACUCACGCUCGAGUCGCCUGUUGACGACGAAGGGCUGAACUUUUCCCUAGGCCAGCGGCAACUGAUGGCCCUCGCCCGGGCGCUGGUCCGCGACGCACGUAUCAUCGUCUGUGACGAAGCUACCUCUUCCGUCGACUUCGAGACAGAUCAGAAGAUCCAGCACACCAUGACUCAGGGCUUCGAUGGGAAGACUUUGUUGUGUAUUGCGCAUCGGUUGCGCACUAUCAUCCACUACGAUCGCAUCUGUGUUAUGGAUAAGGGUCGAAUUGCUGAGAUGGAUACACCAGUUGUGCUGUGGGAUAGGGCAGAUAGCAUCUUCCGUGCCAUGUGCGAGCGCAGUGGGAUCACGCGCGAGGACAUUCUCAGUGCUAACUGA